CGCUCUCACGCGGGGCUCUAACCACCAGCUGUCUGCAGUUCAUCAGGUGGCAGAGCGUGUGGAGGCGCUGGGCCAGUUUGUGAUGAAGACCAGGAGGACCCUGAAGGGCCAUGGAAAUAAAGUUCUCUGCAUGGACUGGUGCAAAGACAAGAGAAGAAUCGUCAGCUCUUCCCAGGAUGGGAAGGUGAUCGUGUGGGAUUCCUUCACUACCAACAAGGAGCAUGCAGUGACGAUGCCGUGUACCUGGGUGAUGGCGUGUGCGUAUGCCCCAUCUGGAUGUGCCAUUGCUUGUGGUGGCCUGGACAACAAGUGUUCUGUGUACCCUCUGACAUUUGACAAAAAUGAGAACAUGGCUGCAAAGAAGAAAUCGGUUGCGAUGCACACAAACUACUUGUCUGCCUGCAGCUUCACUAACUCAGACAUGCAGAUCCUGACGGCCAGCGGAGAUGGGACUUGUGCUCUGUGGGAUGUUGAGAGCGGGCAGCUGCUACAGAGUUUCCAUGGUCAUGGAGCUGAUGUCCUGUGCCUGGACCUGGCACCUUCUGAAACGGGAAAUACGUUUGUCUCUGGGGGAUGUGACAAGAAAGCCAUGGUCUGGGAUAUGCGGUCUGGUCAGUGCAUUCAGUCGUUUGAAACCCACGAUUCAGAUAUCAACAGUGUCAGAUAUUACCCAAGCGGAGAUGCUUUUGCCUCUGGUUCAGACGAUGCCACGUGUCGUUUGUAUGACCUUCGUGCAGACAGAGAAGUAGCAAUUUAUUCCAAAGAGAGCAUCAUUUUUGGAGCAUCCAGUGUGGACUUCUCUCUCAGUGGUCGCCUACUGUUUGCAGGCUAUAAUGAUUACACCAUCAAUGUCUGGGAUGUGCUGAAAGGGUCCCGUGUAUCCAUUCUGUUUGGGCAUGAAAAUCGUGUCAGCACCUUGCGGGUCUCUCCCGAUGGGACGGCGUUCUGCUCGGGCUCCUGGGACCACACUCUGCGAAUCUGGGCUUAACCUGACAUCCUGUAUGCAGAAUCAAAUGAAGACCGCUACCCUGGACCACAAAACCUGCAUAGCAAAGCCACCCCUCAAAAUCAAAUAUUUGCUACACGACAGAAGAGUGACACUGAACCCACAGAUUAACACAACUAGGUAGAAAAUGUUAUCUGCUUGAACACAUAGCAAACAUCAACUUGUAGUAAACUGAAAUGUUUUUAAUUCUGUUUUGAAACUACAUCCUUUUAUUAGAACUAGUUUAGAUAAUUAUAGAGGGACUUUUCUCUGAAGUCACCUGUACCAUAGAAUUGAGUAUUUCGGUGCACAUUAUGUAUUUAUUUGCAUGAAUUGAGUUCCUUUUUAA